UCUCUCUCUUUCUUUCACUCACUUUCAACCCUACUAUUCUCAUCUCUGAAAAGAAAAGAAAAGAAAAGAAAAGGAAAAGGCAAGGAAAGGAAAAAAAGAAAAAUCUAAUCCCUAAUCCAUUGUGUAGGCCUACAACAAUGAAAGCCUUGGCUCUUGAGAGCCAACCAGUCAUGAUGUGAAGGAGACACCACCGCAUCUUCUCCCAAUUAUCUAACUCCUGACAAACUUCUCUUUCUCAAUUGCUCUCAUUGAGGAUGAGUUCAGCGGAGGAGAUGCUGAGAUCCAUGUCUCUCGACUACCUCAACCUUCUAAUCAACGGCCAAGCCUUCAGCGAUGUCAGUUUCAGCGUCGAAGGCCGUCUCGUCCACGCUCACCGCUGCAUCCUCGCUGCUCGCAGUCUCUUUUUCCGCAAGUUCUUCUGCGGACCCGAGUCUCCACCUGGCUCGUCAAGAGUGGCUUCGCCUCGAGGCGGUGUUGCUGCAGGGGGGAUCGUCAUUCCAGUCCAUUCCGUGACCUUCGAGGUGUUCAUGCUGGUGCUCCAGUUCUUGUACAGCGGCCAAGUCUCAAUCAUUCCGCAAAAGCACGAACCACGCCCCAACUGCCCCGACCGCGGCUGCUGGCACACCCAUUGCACCGCUGCCGUCGACCUAGCUCUCGACACCCUCUCCGCCGCUCGCAUCUUUGGUGUUGAGCAACUCGCCUUGCUCACCCAGAAGCAGCUCGCGAGCAUGGUGGAAAAGGCUUCCAUUGAGGACGUGAUGAAGGUUCUAACGGCAUCUCGCAAGCAAGACAUGCACCAACUCUGGACUACAUGCUCCCAUCUCGUCUCCAAAUCCGGUCUCCCACCUGAAGUUCUCGCCAAACAUCUCCCCAUCGACGUUGUCGCUAAGAUCGAAGAGCUCCGGAUCAAGUCCUCCCUCUCCCGCCGUCCCACCUCUUUCAUGGACGUCGUCACCGGGCCUCCUGCCGAGCUCGAGGAUCACCACCACAAGAUCCGGCGCAUGCGUCGCGCCCUCGACUCCUCCGACGUCGAGCUCGUCAAGCUCAUGGUCAUGGGCGAGGGGCUCAACCUCGACGCCGCCUUCGCCCUCCACUACGCCGUCGAGAACUGCAGCCGCGAGGUCGUCAAGGCUUUGCUGGAGCUUGGCGCAGCUGAUGUCAACUGUCCCGCCGGUCCGGCAGGUAAAACACCACUUCACAUCGCCGCAGAGAUGGUUUGCCCAGACAUGGUCGCUGUUCUUCUUGACCACCAUGCCGAUCCCAAUAUCCGCACAGUCGACGGCGUUACCCCUCUCGACAUCCUCCGCAGCCUCACGUCCGAUUUCUUAUUCAAGGGUGCCGUUCCCGGUUUAACACACAUCGAACCGAAUAAACUCCGGCUGUGUCUAGAGCUCGUGCAGUCUGCCGCCAUGGUUCUCUCGCGCGAGGAGGCCAGUGCUGCCGCGGCCGCCGCUGACAAUAGUAACACAGUUGUGCAUCACCAUCUGAAUCCAGAACCAGGCAAUAAUAACAGCAGCAUGGUGAACCUUAGUUUGGAUUCAAGAAUGGUAUACCUGAAUCUUGGAAUGGCUGCUGCUGCUGCUCAAUAUAGGUGCAAGAUGAACGAUGGAAACGAAGAUGACACUAGAAGCAAUCGAUCUCAAGGUAGUGGCACUAUUGGUCCACCAUCCAUGUAUUCUCCUCACGACUACCCAUAGUUUUCUCUUUUAUCUUGUAAGCUCUCCAUCAAUAACUAUUACUGCUGCCACUGCAACUUCUAGCAACCCAACUACUAGUAUUUUAUCCAUUUUAUUCUCUCUCCCUCCUUUUUUUUUUUCCUACUUACGUUAUAGCAGGCUGCGAGCUGAAUAUUCAAAUUAAGGCAGUGGAAAAGGAAGGACUUAGUCGAGGUGAUGA